AUGGAGAAAAUCACACACAAGAUAGCGGCUUUGCCGCCCGGCGCAAAUUACUUCUCUCUUGAGUUCUUCCCUCCAAAGACUCAGAUGGGCUUUGCCAAUCUGCAAGCGCGUCUUGAGCGUAUGGCACAAGCGCUGCGACCGCUAUUCGUUACAGUUACUUGGGGUGCCGGAGGAAGCACUGCAGCGAGGUCGCUUGAGUUGGCGGAGAUCUGCCAACGCCAACUACAGCUGACAACAUGCUUACAUUUGACGUGCACGAAUAUGAGUCGAGCUUUAGUGGACCAAGCACUGGAGGAAGCAAAGGUAUUGGGGAUUAGGAACAUUCUGGCGUUGCGUGGCGACCCCCCGCGGAGUGAAGAGUACAAUAUGCAUGGGGAGGACGACAGCAACAAGGACUUCACCUUUGCCGUGGAUCUGGUCCGGUACAUUCGGAAAAAGUACGGAGACUAUUUCUGUGUCGGCGUUGCUGCGUACCCGGAAGGCCACCCUGCCGAUUCUUUCCAGGAUAUCCAGGAUCCGAAGGUCGAUUUGCCGUGGCUGGUUGAGAAGACACAGGCUGGCGCCGACUUUAUCAUGACGCAGUUGACAUACGAUAUUGACGCCUAUACGGAAUUUGAGAACCUGCUGCGGAACCAUGAAUCCGGCACUUUUAAGACGAUUCCCAUCAUUCCGGGCUUGAUGCCCAUUCACAGUUAUAAAAUAUUGACGCGAGUAACGAAGCUUAGCCACGUCAAGAUCCCGCCGCCUAUUCUUGCGAAACUGGACGAGGUCAAACACGAUGAUGAUGCCGUCAAGCGUCUGGGUGUGGAUAUCCUCGCCGAGCUUGUGGAUGGCAUGAAGAAGCUGCCCACUCCAGGCUUACGUGGAUUCCAUUUCUAUACCCUGAAUCUUGAGAAGACUGUUUCCUUCAUUCUAGAACGAUGCAAGCUCAUUCCGGAUCAUGACGAUGAUGCUGAGGCUGUAGCUGAUGGUGUUUCAUUGCUUACCGUCGAUGCAGAAAUAGCCAAUCGACGGCGCCGGGCUUCUUCCAUUAGCUCUCUCCCACAUAACCGCGUGAUUGUUGAUAAGGUUUCAAACGGGUCAUCGAAAGACUCUGUUACGCACGAAGCUACUGCCGCCAGUGCAGGGCUACCCGCAGGGCCCCCAGAUCGCAGCACAACCCUCCAGAUUUCCGAAGGUCUCGGUGCCCUCGGCCGAGAAGCCACCUGGGAUGACUUCCCUAACGGCCGUUGGGGUGAUGCUCGCUCUCCAGCAUUCGGUGAAAUUGACGGCUAUGGCCCAUCUCUUCACGUCGCUCCAUCCGUUGCUCAUCGAAUAUGGGGCUACCCUGUUUCUACCGACGAUAUCAGCAAGCUUUUCAGGCGCCAUGUAUCCGGUGAUCUUCAUAUGGUCCCGUGGUCUGAAGGUGGCGCUGAAGAAAACACCAGCGGCCUCAAUGCCGAAACAGAAACAAUUCGUCCUGAACUUCUCGCUCUUAUCGACAAGAAGGGCUGGUGGACCCUCGCUUCCCAGCCGGCCGUCAACGGCGUGCGCAGCGACGACCCCAUCUUCGGCUGGGGUCCUCCUGGCGAGGGCUUCGUCUUCCAAAAACCCUUCGUUGAGUUCUUCUGCCCAGCCUCCGACUUUAAAACCACCCUCAAACCCCUCCUCCAGAAACACGGACACGAAAAGCUCGCCUGGUUUGCAACCAACGCUGCUGGCGAUUUUGAGUCUUCUCUUCCCGCCGAAACAUCAGACACCGAGCCCGUUGAGAUGAACCCGAACAAUGUCAACGCCGUCACGUGGGGUGUUUUCCGCGGCAAGGAAAUCGUCACACCCACCAUUAUUGAGGAAGUCAGUUUCCGCGCGUGGGGCGACGAGGCCUACCGUAUCUGGGAUGAAUGGCGCCGUAUUUAUCCCAAGAGUUCGGCUACAGAGAAGUUCCUCGAGAAGACAAAGAAUGAUGUUUGGCUUGUUUGUGUUGUCGGACAGGAUUUUGGAGCUGGGACAGAGGUAGGGUCGAAGGAGGAGGAUGAUGAGAAGAAGUGGAUGUGGAGGCUUUUGGCGGAUUGUUAG